GUUGUUGCAGAGACUCGCAUUACCUCACUGUCACUUACGCUCAGUGGCCCUCCUCAGCCGAGAACGACGGAGCGCAGGGUUGAGUUAGAGCCCCCAUCCUGCCUUUCCCUGGGAGCCGGUUUUUCGACUUUUGCUCCUUUCGCUUGCCGUGCGCAGCGCGUCCUUCCCCUUCCGGGACUGCCGUCGUUCCCGGACCUGCUGUUUUGGACCGGUAACUACUUUUUUUUUUGCGCCAUCUUCACGGCAGCUUGGGAAUGUGGUAGCCUCCUCCAGUGAGCUCGCCUUGCUUCAGCAACCCUGGGGUCUCCUUAACGUUCCUAGGGGGCCCGUUGCUAGGAAUUCCUCCUCGUGUCAGUGGAAGGCACCAACGCAAAACACCUGCCGGCGCCAAAGCAGCCACCACACAGGUGUAUUUUUUAUAAAUUGCUCUCAGAGGCUCCGGAGAGCAGUAAGGACUCCGUUCGUGACUUUAAGUUGCCCUGCUCUGUGGAGAACCGCUAGUCUUGAUUCCAGGAAUAAACUCUAUAACCAAGAUGACUAAGUAAGAGAAUGUCCUCUGGCUACCGUCUCAUUUUGGUGCGCAGAUUAGGAGCUUUUGUUUUUCUCCAUUUUGUGAAGUCAGUGUAACACUGCAUGCAAACACCCUGAGUAUGGUCAUAAACAUGUUUUAGAGAUUACAAGAACGUGAGCCCCUGUAGAAUAGCCACCAUGGGUCCCUCUCAGCUUGUCACACAGAACCAUGGGAAGAAGACAAGUGUUUUUAACAUGGAGGAAAAAGUAUUUGCACUUUUCCAGAAUUCAGAGAUUCCCUCUGAACCUAUAGAAAACCCUCCCCUGAAAAGGAAGAAAGGGCCAGCCCCCAAGAUGCUAGGAAAUGAGGUGUGCAGUGUAUGUGGGGACAAAGCCUCUGGCUUCCAUUACAAUGUCCUGAGUUGCGAGGGCUGCAAAGGUUUUUUCCGACGCAGUGUGAUCAAAGGGGCCCAAUAUAUCUGCAAGAACAGUGGCAGAUGUGAGAUGGAUACGUACAUGCGCCGGAAAUGUCAGGAGUGUCGGUUACGCAAGUGCUAUGAAGCAGGCAUGCGAGAGCAAUGUGUUCUCUCCGAAGAGCAAAUCCAGCUGAAGAAACUUAAGAAGCAGGAAGAUGAUCAAGCCCGGAUGAUAGCUGUGCGUCAGAACCCACCAUCUCCCCCAAGCAUCUCUCCCAAAAUGACACCAGAGCAGCUUGUUAUGAUAGAAAAACUUGUUGCAGCUCAACAGCAAUGUAAUCAACGGUCUUUCACAGAUAGGCUCAAAGUGACGCCAUGGCCUCAGAUUUCAGAUCCUCUUCAUCGUGAAGCACGACAACAGCGCUUUGCUCAUUUCACAGAGCUUGCCAUCAUUUCUGUGCAGGAAAUUGUGGACUUUGCCAAACAGUUGCCAGGUUUCUUGGAACUCACUAGAGAAGACCAAAUUGCUCUUUUGAAGACUUCUACAAUAGAAGUGAUGCUGUUGGAAACAUCUAGGCGCUACAAUCCAGAAACUGAAAGCAUAACUUUUUUGAAAGAUUUGAGUUACAAUCGGGAUGAUUUUUCCAAGGCUGGCCUACAAAUUGAGUUUAUUAAUCCCAUUUUUGGAUUUUCAAAGAGAAUGAAUGAACUGCAUCUCAAUGAUGCUGAAUAUGCACUUUUAAUUGCCAUCAGCAUUUUUUCUGCAGACCGGCCAAAUGUUCAAGAUCAAACUCUGGUAGAAAAGUUGCAGCAUACCUAUGUAGAAGCCCUUCACUCAUAUAUAUGUAUUCAUAGGCCAAACGAUCAUCUAAUGUUCCCACGGAUGUUAAUGAAACUCGUCAGCCUUCGGACUUUAAGUAGUGUUCAUUCUGAACAAGUGUUUGCCCUUCGGCUACAGGACAAAAAGCUGCCACCACUUCUUUCAGAGAUCUGGGAUGUAAAUGAAUGAGUAUACUAUCUAAGGACAGUGAGCAAUUACACUGAUUAUCUUUUGCCAGUAAAAACUAUUCUCCUUUAUCAAAAGCACGGAAACAAUGCAAAAGACUGAUUUCUUUGCUCUGAUGAAAUAUAUACAGUAUAUAGACAACAAAUGAGAAGGAUGAGAUGAUGUUUUAGUCACUAUUUUUCAAAAAUGGAAUUGAAACACCUAACAUGGAAGAGUAAAAGAAUACCCCCUCAUAAUUUUGCAGGCGUUUUUUUCUUUAAUCCUUUUUUCAUAUUUAAUUUCAAGACCACCAUCCAGAUGUAUAGAACCUUCUUGGGAAUUUUAGAGGCAAGCUUCCUUGUAUAUCUUUUUUUGGGGGUCCUCUAGGUUGUAUGUAGCUAAACUAUGUUAACAUUCAAAACAAUUAAUAGACUGUAUGUGGCUUCAGUGCCUUUUUGUGGACUUUUCAGAAGCAUCGCUUUGGAUUGAAAGGAUAGCUAUAGUAUAGAAAUCUCUUAGGACCUUUUGUAAUAUUUAUGUUCUCCAUCCCCUGACCAGAAAUACAACCAUUACUGAUACAUACUGAUACAAUAAUGAGGAAGACAUGAUUUGUAUUAUAUGAAACUCCUUUGAAUAUGGACAGGUGCAUCAUUCAUACAUAUAAUCUAGAUGAUUACCGCUUAGUAUGUUUUCUAUAUAAUACAAAAUAUACUAUAUUAGAUUACAACGUAGUUACAUAUAAGAUGACCAUCUUCUCUUUUAUUCAUCUAUGCAUUAAGAGACAAAUCCAAAUAACGGCCAAUUAUGGUUAAACAUUUUCUUAUUUCCCUCUUACUAGUUCUUUACUUCAAAUUUUCCCUUCUCUGUCAAAAACCAUUUGGGUGGAAAUACAGAUUGGUAUCUGCUGUAAAUCGCUUUCCCAAAAACGAUGAUGCAUGCAUCAUGAUGCAGUCCUGAACUUUCAUAGUUGGUCCCAAUGUUGAAUACUAGUACUUAAGUUGUACAUUUUGCAUCAUGUCAUGAUGCACCUAACGUCAAUUGCCUUCCUGGAUGGAUGCCUACAGUGGGAAAUUUCUUAAAUGUUGCCUUUGGGUAUCUUCAGGGAGGAAAAGAAUUCAGUUUAUGUAUAUGAUUUUGUGUACUGAGGAUGUGAAGGCCAAGUUUAUAUUCUUCCAUCCUUAAGUUAAACAUGUUCAGUUAUUUCAUGGUGGCCCAUAUACUCACAAAGAGUUUAGUGUUUACAGCCUAAACCUCAGGAAUGAGUGCAGUUUAACUUAUUGAUGCAAGUGGAUUUAGGCAGAAAUAGUUGCUAAUGGGAUAAAUAACUUGAAAAAUAUACGCCAACACUUUCCAGGAUAUCUGAUACCAGAAAUUAUAUCUGACAUUUAUUGGUACACUAAUAAUGCUUGCUUCUUUCAGCAUUUAAACUGGCUUUCUCUGCAGGUGUGUUAGAAGUUAGGCCCUUGAAUCAGUAUAAUUACUAUGUAGCAAGUGCCAUAUCUGUGGUGUCAGCUUUAUGACUAUUUUGCACAUGAGAUUACUCUGUUUGUAUUGGCCUUAACUUGAGAAAGCACAUAUAUAACAAUUUACCAUGUUGUAAUAACCCUUUGCAAUUACAGAACUUCUUGGGUUUAAUCCCACAUUUCUAAUUACCAUUUCUCAGAAAUGUAAUUUUAUGAAAAGAAUAAAAUCUAAUAAG